AUGAGGUUGAUUAGCACUAUCUUCUUCAUUUUCAUAUGCAACAUCUGUACAGAGACCAAAAGAAGAACUAGAAAACCUAAGUUGGUAACGAAGAAGCCUGUAGUUAUUGUUCCCGUGUAUUUUUGGCCCGGUGACAAGGUUGACCUACCAUGUCUCAUGUGCGAGCUGGCAUUCGUCUUCAACGGUAAAAUGAAGAUGUGGGGAAAGGCAACGAAUAUCUUGAAGUUCCUUGAAAAUCCUAAGGCAAGCGAAUCAUGGGAAACGGCUUCAAGUGGCAACAACUUUCCCAAGUUUAGUUAUUAUCCAGAUAAACUGAAGAUCAAUUACAAGAAACUACCGCCCUUCUACCUACAAAGAAAUGGAAAAUUAAGUAUUUAUCGUGCAAGUCCAGCGUCACAAGGAGUUUAUUUCUGUUACGAUAGCCAAUCACGAUCGCAUACGUCGAUUUUCUAUGUGGUUAUGGCAAUGACACCACCGGUGCGAAUGUCUGAGAUGGGCGACGUGUUGGCGGAUGGUUGCAAGGGAGAAGUUGACCACAAGCUAAUCCGCGCGAAUUUUAACUGGCGAUACCAUUUUGUCCCACAAGUGCGUCACGAAGCUCCAAAGCAGUGCAAACAUAAGAAGACAAGACAGAAGACAGACUUCUGCAAAGAGGCUUAUUCCAAAUGUAUUAGGUCGUAUUGCACAUUAGAAUACUGCAGAAAAGAAUUCAUAGUUGAUCGCUUUGACAUGAACGUAGCAGUGGAACUUCGAUGGGAACCAUGGACAAAGUGUGAAGGAAACAUGGCACUUCAAAAACGUGAAGCACACUGCUAUCUGGUACGUAAAACUGGCUAUGAAAUCCCGAUUGCUAAUGAUGAACGAGUGCCGGAAACAUUAAAAUGGAUGUCAGAACUGAACGUUCUAUUCGAUCGCGAACCUUUCACGUCGAAAGGGAUAAGACUGUACAGUUCCCUUCUCGCUUCAUUAUUUCUCGACGAAGAAGUGAUGAAUAAAUCUAUGAAUACAACAAAGAACGUGAUUUCGAGCAUGUGGACCCCAAUACAAGAAGCCUUUUCUGUCAUAAUCAGUUUAAUGCAAGAAGAAGGCAGAAAUAUGAAAUUUCUGCUAUCUUGCAUAUAUCUCACUUUCGAAACCGGUGCUAGACUGCAUUCGCGCGCUUCGGGACCGCACCGCGAUUUCCCGCUAUUUGCUGUUUUUCGAGUUGGCCUUCACUUCUUGCUUCAGAAAAUUUGUUUAAGAAGAACUCUGCUAUAA